AGCGGAACUCGGCGGCUCCUGAGCUGGAUGUGUGUGUGUGUGUGUUGUUGCUGUGCCCCGGCGCGGUGAAUGCAGUUGAUGUAAAACCUUUAUUAUCGAGCUUCAGCUCGUUAUAAAACUCGACACUUCAGCAGACAAUCUGGCGGCGCUGAUAACCCGAUGAUGUUUUUACCCAUCAGGCAGCAGCAGAAGCGAGACCCACGAUGAUAUGUGAUCUUGAAGAGCUGGGACUCCUGACCAGGAACAUUAAGAGUUUUAGCUGACAUCCACCACAUCACAGCUCUGCUGACUGAGAGAGAUAUGUGGAGCUUUCCUAAAGGUAUCUAGAGAGAGAGUGCUGCUCUACUUCAGUGAUGAUGUCUCCUGUGCUGCAGUUUCUCUUCUUGUGGCUUUUGCUGAGAGAGUCUGAGUCCCAGGCUUACAUGGGCAAUGGACUGGAUUUUGCAGCAAACUUUGGAAACUACUUGUCUCCGGUAACUCGUCCUGCCAACGCCAGCCGUAUUUUCUAUGCAAUCAUGUUUGAUGCAGGGAGCACUGGAACACGCAUACAUGUCUACACUUUCAUACAGAAAGACCCAGAUGGGUUACCUGUUUUGGAUAAUGAAAUGUACAGUUCAGAGAAGCCUGGCUUAUCUGCAUAUGCUGACAAUCCUGAAAAUGCUGGAUACUCGCUGAGAAAGCUGCUGGUUGUUGCCAAGAGCACAGUGCCUCGUGUGGAGUGGAAACGAACCCCAGUGGUGCUCAGGGCUACAGCAGGAUUGAGAAGGCUGCCGCUAGCAAAAGCUCUUGCACUUUUAGAGGAGGUUCAAUACGUGUUUGAUGAAUAUCCAUUCUACGUACCUGCUGAUAGUGUGAGCAUAAUGGAUGGAACAAAUGAAGGAAUCUUUGCUUGGGUGACAAUGAACUUUCUGACAGGUAAUCUACGCCCUAACAUAAAAAGAACAGUAGGAAUUUUAGAUUUGGGUGGAGGUUCAACUCAAAUCACCUUUCUUCCCAAGUCAAAAAAAACAAUUGAAAAUGUUUCUGCUGAUUUCAUAGCAAGAUUCAGUAUGUUUAACACAACCCAUGAGCUGUAUACUCACAGCUACUCGGAGAAAGGAAUCAAAGCAGCUCGGAUUGCUGCUCUUGGUGCUUCAGGCUCUGAAGGUCUGGAAUGGAAAGUUUACAAAACCUCUUGCCUGCCUAAGAACUAUGAAGGGGAAUUUCAGUUUGGAGAGUUUACAUACAAAGUCACUGGAAACCCAGAAGGUUACACUGGAUACAAGGCCUGUUACCAGGAAAUGAAAAAGAUUGUGAAAGGGAUCAUACAACAGCCGAAUGAGCUGAAGGAUGGCGCAGUUUUCUUUGCUUUCUCGUACUUCUUUGACCAUGCUGUUGAGGCAGAUCUCAUUGAUGAGAACCGUGGAGGAGCAGUGCAGACUCGGGACUUCAGGAAAAGGGCUAAGGAGGUAUGCAACAAAAUGUCCAUGUUCAACCCAAUGAAAGCCUUCCUUUGUAUGGAUCUUACAUACAUAACCUGUCUUCUUAAGGAUGGGUACGGUUUCAAGGAAAACACAGUACUGGAGUUAAUCAAAAAGGUGAACAAUGUGGAAGCUAGCUGGGCUUUGGGUGCAGCUAUUAAUUACUUUAAGUACAUCAGCCUUCUGUGAGAAAAGGAUGCCAAACUGUUCCAGCUCCUUCCUGCCGGUCCUGUUGAGUAUCAGUGCUUGUAAUGAUGAAACCACUCAUUCUAUUUACCCAAUUAACCGUAGACUUUCCCAUUCAUCCAGGACUAUUUCCCUAAAAAAAACAAGGUUUUAUGGUUUAUGCACGUGCCUUCAGGUGUUCCUUAGGAAUCAACCUGGGAAGAAUUGUAACCCUACCACCCUCCUCUCUGCAAAACACACAGACACACUGCUGCAGAUAGAAUGAAGCAGCAAAAACUCUUAGUUGUACAAAGCUAAGAGAAAGAAUGUGCACCAGCAUGAUUGUUGUGCAUGCAAUUACAAGGCAAUACAAGACAGAAAAAUAAAACUACCUAUGGAGGGCUGUCACAGAUGGAGUUAGUCUACUGGUGCACACAGACAAAUGCUGCUCAUGGCCUUUGAGUGAACCCCAGGGAAAGCCUACUAAAAAAAACAAACAAAAAAAAACACUGAUUUUAUUUUUUAUCAUCAAUCCUACCCAUAUGUUGUUAGGAAACAUUGGUUAUUUUACUUAUAAUAUAUUGUAAAUGAAAACUAGACCAUUGCCCUUAUUGGUCUUAUCUAGGAAUCUUUCUGUGCCAGUGAGGUUGGUGUUUACAGUUUUUAGUGGCUUAUUGAAAUACUUAUUUUAUCUUAUGUUUGCUUGUAUUUUAUUAUUUUUCCUAUUAUGUUUGUGGAUGGGUUUUGUAUAUCAUUUUAUACUAUCAUUGUUCAUUAGAACCGGCUGCUUUAAUAUUGUGCCUUUAAGACUGCUGUAUGUAAAUAACCUAUUUUUGGAUUGGCUGCCUUAUAUUGUGCCUUGUUUAGAAAGCAGCCUGGGUUGAAACUGUCUUUCUAAUUUUAAUAGAUGGGUGUGCUAAAUCUUUGUGGACUGAAUAAGUGGAUGUAUGUGAAUGUAUGUGAAUCAACUGCACAAAUACAAACCAGAAAACAUGA